AUGGGACAUAAUAAAGGAAAAAAGAAACAAAGGGCACAAGGAUAUAACAAUGAAGAAGAGUCUUCAAAAAGAAAAGAAGAAACAAAACCAAAAGAAAAAAAUGAACAGCGAGAAUUAACUAAAAAACAACAAAAGAAAUCACAGAAGAAACAAAAAAUUAAAGAACAAAAGUUAUUUUCUUUACAAUCAAAAGAGUUAAGUAUUGAAGUUGAAGUUUCAAAAGAGUUAAGAAAAGAAGAUUUGCAAGAAACAUAUAUUGAUCACUUAAAAAAGUUAAGUUUAAAUGAAAUUUAUCAAUUAAUAAGAUAUAUUCCUAUGAGACUAACAGAAAGAGAAAGAGGAUAUCUUGAAAUUAUUGAAGCAGCAUUAGAUGUUAGUGAAUAUACAAAUAAUGUUGAUAUUGCUAAAUCAGAUUAUAUAUAUUAUGGAUAUGGUUAUAAACAAAAAGACUUAGGAAUGAAAGGAUUUAAAAAAGAACAAAUUAUUAUAGAACAACAUGAAGAACUUAAGAGAAUUAUGAUUGGAUUAUUAGUUACCAAUAACUUCAGAGAAGGUAUGAAAGUUAGUAAAGAUGAAAAAUUAAAAGAAGAUUUCAUUCAAGAUUGUUUUGAAGUUGGAAGAAGAUACAAAGCAGCAAAUCCAUCUAUGAUGAGAGAAACAUAUCAAAAAAUGAUGCAUAUUUUACAAGAUGCUAUAAAUUAUAAUCCUAAAUUUAUUGGUAAAGAAUUUGUAAAGAAUAAAAACUGGAAACCUAUUUAUACUGUUGAAAUGGGAAUGAAAGAAUGUAAUAUGAAAAUAGAAGAUAUUAUGAAAUGUAUUAAACUGAGAGAAGAAGGAUUAACUUUAGAAGAAAUUGAAAAACAAUAUGGAGAACAUGGUCUUCGUAUUGUAUAUUCAAUUAGAGAUGGAAUUGAAGCAUCAGCAAAAACAUGUGGAGUUGUAUUUGAAAUAUUAAGGGAACUAGAACAAUUUAGAGAUAAAGGAAAUAGUGGCUCUUCAUUAGCAAUUCAAUUUGGAAAAGGUGGGUCGAGACUAACACAAAGUCAUUCUGAACAUUUUUUAUUUGUUCAACAAAGUCUAAGACUAUGGUGGAAUGUUAUGAGACAUAUGUCAUUGUUAUGGAUAAUGAAUGAUAAAGACUUUUUAAGUGGAAGAAGUUAUAGUUUAGUUAAUACUGGACAAGGUUUACAAAGAUUACAACAAUGUCCAAAUGUUUCUUCUGCUAUUCAUCAAAUUCUUAGUCAAACACAAAGUACUAUGUGUGAAGGAAAAGAGUGGAGAGGGUUAAGUGUAGUUCAUUUAGGAGAUAGAGAUGUACCAAAUUGUUUAUUUUUUAUUGACAAAUAUUCACAAGUACCAUGGAUUCUUUCACCAGUUCUUCAUACUUCUUAUAAACUAUUAGAAAAAAAAUUUAUUGACAAAAUCCAAUUAUAUUUUGAGCAUUACCCAUCUAAAGUUUGGUCUUCAGCAAUAUUAAGACAUUUCUUCCAACAUGCAUUUGAUGGAAGUGGGUCAGAUGGAGGAAGUUGUAUUGAUGGAAGGUUAACUUCAGCAUGGAAUUGGUGUUCAAUGAUUGAAAAAUAUUCAUAUUAUCCUUUAUUUUUAUUAUGUGAUUUUGAAGGAUUUGAAGGUCCAUAUAAGAAAUAA